AUGCUACAAUCGCAUAGAUUAAAACGUAUCAAAACUUCUCAGGAACAAGACGCUGAUCGAGAGAUUUCUAUAACUAACGAAGAAAAUGAUGUUGAUGUCUCACUAGAUGUCUUCCAACCUCCAAAUUUAUUGUCCAUGCCACCCGAAAUUCUUAUUCAUAUUUGCAAAAAUUUGUCUCCUAUCAAUCUUCUUUCGUUGGCGCGUGUUUGUAAACUAUUUAAUGCAUACCUUUGCACAGAUGAAUCAAUCACAACCCAACAUAUCUGGCGAGAAUCUCGAUUGAACCACGUAAGAUUUCUUCAGCUCCCACCACCAGAAGGGAUGAGUGAACUUCAGUAUUGUCGUUUAGUACUCGAAAAGGGAUGCCAGCUAUGUGGAACAAAGCUUACCAGAAAAGUGUACUGGGAAUUUCAGGUUCGUUGUUGUACUCUUUGUUUAGACACAAAUACAUUAAGUGAAUGGGACAUUCUUGAUAAUCUCUAUAACGUCCGAAUACAAGAUAUCUUGCCAGCUAUUAAAAAAGCACGAGUCACAUCAUACACGCUCAAUCGAUUCUGGAAACCACAUUUACAGAUGUUCUACAGAGAAUUUGAAGCGAUUCCUGAGGAUAAGCGAUUGGACUGGUUGAAAGCGAAAAAAGAAAAGCUAUUGAUAUACAAUGAAGAUGUUUCUCAACGACAAAAUGAAGAACGAAAAGAACGCGCAAAUAAAUAUUUCGAGCACAAGAAACGAUCCGAAGACCGUACUAAACUCCUCCUGGCAAAAUUUCAAGAAGACUUGGCAGCAGAGAUAAAGGAAGAUGGCCAACCAGUCUACAAGGAAUCUUACAUUCGUGAAUGUUCAUCUUUUAAAAAAGCUUGCGCGGAAAAUUCACGCCCGUUCACGCCACGAUGCUGGAAAAAUUUGAAGCGAAAAUUGCGAGAGGAACACAAAGUGGUUGAAGCUAUGAAGAUCAAGGAAGAAAAUGAGAAUCAAAAAUGGCGAGCUCUUAUGAGACAAAUUCGACCUUCAUCUUAA